AUGCGAAGAUGUGUACCUGAAGAAGAGGUGAAAAACAUAUUAUGGCAUUGUCAUGGUUUAGAUUACAGAGGACACUUCGCUGGGAAUCGUAUUGCUCAGAAGGUCUUACAGAGUGGAUUAUAUUGGCCCACUAUAUUUAAGGAUGCUCGAAUUUUCGUAGAGAGAUGUAAUAGAUGCCAGAGGACUGGGAACAUCUCAAGGAGGAAUGAUAUGCCCUUGAAUAGCAUUCUAGAAGUAGAAAUAUUUGAUGUGUGGGGCAUAGAUUUUUUGGGACCAUUUCCCAGCUCCUACUUUAACCAGUACAUCUUGGUGGUUGUAGACUACGUGUCAAGGUGGGUGGAAGUUGUGGCUCUUCCGACGAACGAUGCUAAAGUAGUUGUCUCUUUCCUGCGAAAGAACAUAUUCACAAGAUUUGGAGUUCCAAGAGCUAUCAUAAACUAUGGAGGAUCCCACUUCUGCAACUAG